GAUAGGGCUCGUGCACGUCCAGCCUGUGGGUACAUGUUUACAUCAUGAGGAGGAUUGUAUUUUAUUUUUUUGUGGGUUUCAAAGUACUGAAGAGUUAAGAAGAUGUUCUCCUCUCCCUCCUGACUCACGUCACAGAGAUCCUGACAGCAGUCUCUGUCUGAAUGUGGACUGAAUGGGAAUUCUCUUCGGUUCUGCUGCUGGUUUUACUGGUUCCAGUUUUUCGAAUCAGCUUGAUUAAAGGACCCGCAGCUGCAGCAUGCACACAGACGACACACUGAGGAGGAGGAGCAGAGACUGAACAGGAUGCUGCCUUCCUCUGGCGACAACAUUGAACAUAGACCCGAAGAAGAAGUAGAGGAGGAUCAGUCGAGUCUUCCUCCCCUCUCUUCAGUUACUUUGACAUACUCAAUGGAUGACCCCACCAUCCAAUCAACCACCAACUCUCCAUCCAAUCAGGAUGAGAGCUCGGACUCGGAGGUGGAGGUAGCAGCCGCGCUCUCGGACUCAAACAGGUUGCUGUUACUGUGGCAACGAAAGGAGGAAGAGGAGCACGAUGAGGCGGAGACGCAGGCGGUGGCAUCGUCUCCAGAUGGACGAUUCCUCAAGUUCAACAUCGAGAUCGGGCGUGGAUCGUUCAAGACGGUUUACAGAGGACUUGACACUGAGACCACGGUGGAGGUGGCCUGGUGUGAGCUGCAGACUCAUCGUCUGAACAAGGCAGAGCGUCAGAGGUUCAAUGAGGAGGUGGAGAUGCUCAAAGCUCUGCAGCAUCCCAACAUCGUCCGUUUCUUCGACUCCUGGAAGGCCCCGCUCAGGGGACAUAAAUGCACCAUCCUGGUGACGGAGCUCAUGACGUCCGGGACCCUCAAGACGUACCUGCGCAGGUUCAGGCAAAUGAAGCUGAAGCUGCUACAGCGUUGGAGCUUUCAGAUCCUGAAGGGGCUGCAUUUUCUGCACACACGAAGCCCACCAAUCCUGCACCGAGACCUCAAGUGCGACAACAUCUUUAUCACUGGUCCCUCUGCCUCCGUCAAGAUUGGAGACCUGGGACUCGCCACGCUUAAGAAUGCCUCGUUUGCCAAAAGCGUCAUCGGAACGCCGGAGUUUAUGGCUCCAGAGAUGUAUGAAGAGAAGUAUGACGAGGCCGUAGACGUUUACGCCUUUGGCAUGUGCAUCCUGGAGAUGGCGACGUCCGAGUAUCCAUACUCUGAAUGUCAGAAUGCCGCACAGAUCUACCGCAAAGUUACCAGCGGACUCAAACCAGAAAGUUUCUCCAAAGUGAGCGUGCCUGAGCUGAAGGAGAUCAUCGAGGGCUGCAUUCGAACAGACAGCAGUGAGAGGUUCACAAUUCAGGACCUGCUGAAUCACCGGUUCUUCCUGGAGCAGUCCGGGGUCCAUGUGGAUCUGGCUGAGGACGACGACGGGUCGAAGGCAGCGCUUAAACUCUGGCUGAGGAUGGACCAGAACAGGAAGCUGCAGGGGAAAUACAAAGACAACAACGCCAUCGAGUUCUUGUUCGAGCUGUACGAAGACGUCCCCGAGGAGGUGGCCCAGGAGAUGGUGGUGCUCGGGUUUCUGUGUGAGGCAGACUAUAAGCUGGUUGCCAAGGCGAUCAGACACAGAGUGACAGCCAUUAAGCGUCAGCGAGAGAAGAAACACCAGUUACUGGACAAAACUCUGAACAGCCAGAAGGAAGCUGUAAUCGAGGAGCUGUCUGACUCCGCCCCCCAAACAACCAGCGCUGUCCAGUCAGGAAACUGCAGGUGCCAUAAGCAAAAAGUCAAGCGGUCAUGUUUAAAUGUCUUCCAGCACGACUCAGCAGCCGCGUCAGGCCUCACCUCUGCCUGGAUGCAAGCCCUGCCCUCUGUGACAAUGACAUCAUCAUCAAGCAGCCCCGUGGAUUCUGGGAUCAGCAGUGUCUCGAGCAAGGCAGACGGAGAGGAGGACGACAGCAAGACCACCAAGCACAGCACACACUCCUCCGCUAUGUCGGACUGUGAAAUAGAAAGCCGCGUCAGCCCCUCAGCUGUACCGGGGAAGGUUGAGCCCACACUCCAACAUGUCACUAACCCCGCCGCCAUUUCUUCUGUCCCCACUCCUUCCCCUGUGGCUCCGGCGAUCCCUCGGCCCAAGGCCCCUCUCCUUGGCUAUUGGACUCAUUCAAAACCUCCGCCACUCCCCGUUUUGCGUUUUCCCAGGGGAUCAUCUCUGUGUUUCCUCCAGAGCAUCGCUGUGUCCCACAAAGCCAGAAGGCCCGAGUCUGGGUCAGUCUCUGGCUUUUCCUCACCAGUUGACAGCUAUGCCUCUGAUGUUACCUCAGGUUUCAGUGACGGCAACGAUGGCCAAUCAGACAUGGGCACCAAGGAAGUGACCUCAACGGAAUCUACAAAGCAGUUCAAGAAGAGAGCGAGGGCUCGUCUGAAAAUCAUAGGGCUUUCAGAAUUGCAGGACCGCGUGGUUGAGUGUCAGCUGCAGACUCACGACAGUAAGAUGGUGACAUUUAAGUUCGACCUGGAUGGAGACAAUCCAGAGGACAUCGCCUCUGUGAUGAUCCACAGAGACUUCAUUCUGCCAUCAGAACGACAAGGAUUUAUUUUCCGCAUGUAUGACAUCAUAAACCGGGCGGAGACAACUCCAAUGGUUGCAGCCAAGGCCCUCUCAUCCUCAUCUUCACUUCCUGAUACUACAGAGGUUGACCCCUCCCCCUUGAAGUCAGACAAUGUCUACACAAACUCCGAGGCCACACCCACUGGCAGACCCCAGAGGUCACAGUCCUUCCACACCUCUUCAGCUCCCUCCCAUCAGUCUCCUCCACACCUCCUCCAUUACCCCCCUGCAGACUCUGCCCCUCCUCUAGCCUCCCCCCUUCCUACAUACCAUCUCCCAUCGUCCCCUUACUCCCCUUACACCUUUUCAACCCAGAGCACCUCCCCUGGCCUCUCCAGGGUCCACAGUAACACUUCCCUCUUUACAUCCCCAACUUCCCCUCAGUUCCUUCGUCUCCUUCUCAGUGGCCUCCUCCAGACCAGCCUAUCUUCUCUCUGGCCAAUGUACUCUCUCUACCAUGCCCCCUCCCCAGUUCCAAUCCGCUCCCAGGAGUCCUACAAUCCUCUCACCAAUGAGACAGGCUCCACCCAUUACAGCCAGAAGGGAGUGCAACAUGGUUGGACUCCAGUUACCCCUCAUACAGAAAUGGAGCAACGGCAGGCAUCCUCCCUCAUGCCACUGUCACCUAGACUGUCACCCGUUCAGGAGGUGAAAAAAUCUAUCUUCACCGUUGGUCGUUUCCAGGUGGCACCCUCUAAAGAAGUUCCUGCUGUCAGUCAUCAGGAAGCCCGCCCCCUUAGCCAUGCUACACCUACUGCACACUCCCCGCCUCCCUCCAGGCUGGACCAAUCAGACAGUUCAGAAAGCUCAGAGAGCAGCACAGAGGGGCAGAGUGAAUCAGAGAGCAGCAUCAGCACACCCUGGAGAGCUGGGGGAGGGUGGGAUCAGGAGAGAAAGGAAGAAGAGGAGAGGAAGAGGAGAGAGGGACAGAGGCUGAGUGCAUGGGAGGGGACAGCUGGCAGCCCGGGGAUGAGCAGCAACAGCCUUGGCCAACCAUGGAGUCGCUCUGCACCCUACAUCAGCUCUGACGAAUCAGAUAGCGAGAAUGAGGACAUGUGGGUGGAGCUUCAGGAGCUACGUGAAAGACACCUGACAGAGGUAAAUAACCUGAAGGCCAAUCAGAAGCGAGAAAUUGAGGACUUGUACCUAAAGAUGGGUAAAGUCCCACCUCCUGGCAUCGUCCCUCCAUCUGCCAUUUUGAAUCACCGUCAACGUCGCCUCUCGAAGACCGGAAGCUACCCACGCAAAAACAGCCUGCAGAGACUGGACGUGCUGCCCCCUGCAGGUAUCAUGAGAAAGAGCUCGGUCAGCGGAAGCAGCAGUGGAUCUCAGGAGAGAGCAGGGAAAGGUGUGACCUUCGCCCUUGAACACAGCUUCAUGUGAAAGAGGAAGAGAAGCUCCUGACUGAAAACAUGAAACUGAGGAUGAAGAGGAAAGCUCACUGAUCACUUUAUUUUGAAACCUGUGGAUAUGUGAAAGUGUUACAUUCUAUUCAGUUUUCCAGCAUUUCAGCACUUUAGCAAGAAAAUAAUGAGCUUUGUGAAAAAUUCUAAAAUGAACCUUUAACAACCACUUAUCUCCAAAUCAGAACGCCAGAAUUUUCUUCGACUGUUCGAUAAGGCCGGUCAAAUGAUCAAGUUUCAAUUCGGAUUUUUUGGCUUCCCACAAUCAUAAAAAACAAGUUAAUCGAGAUUAAAUGAUUACUCUGGCGCAUGCCGUGGUGUGCACAUUUUGUACUUAGGGUUUGUCAUGUGUGGUAAAUGUUUGUUAUAUUUUGCCCUCCAGAGUUUAUCACCACUACCUCAAAAACAAAGUUUGAAUGUAUUAUUAUAUAUUUAUAUUAUAUUUAUAUUUUCUUCAUGUAUUUUUCUGUUUUUCAAAGUGUGUGUUAACGUGUUUCAGGUCGGUACAUUCAUGUGAUGCAGAUGUUGUAAAAUCAACGAGUAAUCAUGUUUAAUAAUGAUGAUCUGAACACCAAUCAAUUUCUAAAAGUUUAGUUCACCUGAGGAAGGAUUUGUUGCUUAAUCCUUCUUGGAUCUUUUUUAUGUUUCUUUUGAAUAAAUUGUUGUCAAAUA